AUGCAGAAGUUCAAAGACAUGGAGACCAGGAUGAAUGCAUUGGAACUUGCCAGAAAGGAAGAUUUGGAGAAAUACAACAGCAAGAUCUCGACAAUCAACGAGAGUGUCGCGUCACUGGAGCAGACUAUCGCUGCACAGGCUCUGCGAAUCAAGGAUAUGACAGCAGAAGUUUCAGUGUCGACCAAGGCAAUCAGCUCAUUCGAAAGCUUGUCUGCAAGCAUCAAUGUCUCAGCAGAUCUUCAGACCCAACAAAAGAAUGGCAUUGAGGAAAUCAAGAAAACGCUGACCAAUGUCGAAUCCAGACUGAGUCUUGUGGACAGUGUUCCACUGGCAAUGCAGAUCUUGACCGGGAAACAGUCUAGCCUCUCCAAGGAUGUGGAAGGCAUGAGAGCCAAGGUGGGCCAUGUUGAAUCCAGUCUGAAGACUCUGGACAGUGUUCCACUGGAAAUGCAGAUCUUGACCAGAAAUCAAACCAGCAUCUCCGAGGAUGUGGAAGGCGUGAGAGUCAGGGUUGGCCUUGUCGAGAGCGCCAUGAAACCUCUCAAAAUGUUGCCUGCAGAUCUGCAAAGUUAUUCCCUCACGGUCCAAAACACCGCGUUGAAGCUCGAAGAUGUGUUGUCCGUUGUCCAAGGUCUCAAGGUCCGCGUCGAUCUCGUUAAGGAUGUGCCCAAAAUGCUCGAAACCAUGUCGAGGAACCAGGACAUGUACAAAACACAGAUCCAGCANAUUCUACAAGGCAUGCGAAGGUUAUAA